AUGGAUAGCAACUCUCAACAAGUGGUGGGCGAAGGAGAGAGAGGGAAGUUGGAACAGCCGUAUACGCGAAAAUGGAUAGCAACUCUCAGAAGUGGUGGGCGAAGGAGAGAGAGGGAAGUUGGAACAGCCGUAUACGCGAAAAUGGAUAGCAACUCUCAACGUGAGGAGUAA